AUGGGUAGAUAUUCAGUUAAAAGAUAUAAAACAAAGAGAAGAACAAGAGAUUUGGAUUUGAUCUAUAACGAUCUUGCUACUCCAGAAUCAAUUCUUAAAUUAAAAGAUGCUCCAUUAGAUGAAACAAAACCUGGUAUGGGUCAAUUUUACUGUAUCCAUUGUGCUAAAUAUUAUGAAAAUGAUCAAGCUAUCCAAGCUCAUUAUAAAUCUAAAAUUCACAAGCGCCGUGUGAAAGAACUAAAGGCAAGACCUUAUACAAAUUUGGAAAGUGAAGCUGCUUCUGGUACAAAUUUACAAAGUUUUUUACAAAGUGUUGAAAAACAUAAAGCAAGAAUGGCUAUGGAGGAACAACAUAAAGAUGAAAUU